AUGCGUGCAGGUGGUAUGAUGCAGAUGCCAGCAGUGAACACCAGGGUCUAUUACUUCCCUCAGGACCAUGCUAAACAUGCAUGUGGACCGGUUAUCUUUAGGACCUUUCCUAAGGACAAGGCUGCUUCAUUUGCAAGAACCUUGACCCAAUCUGAUGCUAACAAUGGUGGAGGGUUUUCUGUUCCAAGAUUGGAGUGCUUGAGGAUACAAGAAAUCGUAUCCUGCAUGGAAUUUUACGUGUGCAAAGUUGCUUCAGGGGUCACUAAGCUCGUUGUUACCGCAUGGAACUUUGGAGAGGAGUCACCACUCUCCAAUCAUGGGCACGCCGAGGCGGCAUCUGUUGACCAUUGGAUGGAGUACUUUUGUGAACCACAAGAAGCUGCAACAAGACUCAAUUGUGUUUCUGAGGGCAGAAAACAGGGAUCUGUGUGUUGGGAUUCGCAAUGGGUUGAACCCAAGUGUGAGCAUUAUGGGCAGGGCAAAGUGAGAUCGGAAUUUUGUGUGAAGGCCCCACUAGUUGAAGCAGCACUGCGGACUAGGUGGUCUUUUGGAAUAAGAAUCAUAAUCAAUUUGGCAACCCCUUUGUCAUUGAUGUCAUCAGAAAAAGAAGGGAAGGAUGAAUCAUCAACAUGGAUUCUUGAGAGCAUUGAGAUUCACCCCACGCAGGAGAUGCCUACAGGGAAUGAUGAACCACCCCCUGAAAUAAGCACGGUGCUAAAAUCUCCUAAUGAAUGUUCUCGGAACAAUGUGCGGAGCAGGAAUGGUAGUCAGGAGACUGGUAGUCAGGAAAAUGGAGCGAAGAAGAUGGUGAGGGUGGAAUCAGGAGCAGCCAGAGGGAUUAAGGGUUUACGUUUUCUUGAUAGAACGGUCACUGGGAAGGAAGAUGAUGCAUGGAGGUCCAUUGAGAAGCGUUUUGCUCAACAUGCAGUUGAUGGAAAACUCUCAAAAGACAAAUUUGGAACCUGCAUGGGUACAUUUACCUCUUUUGUUUCAAUGGGCAUGGGAGCAGAUUCAAAGGAUUUCGCUGGGGAGCUGUAUGAGGCUUUGGCAAGGAGGAGGAAAGUCUGUGCAGAAAAUGGGAUAACUUUGGAUGAAGUUAGAUUAUUUUGGGAGGACAUGACUAACAAAGAUCUUGAAUCAAGGCUUCAAGUUUUCUUUGACAUGUGUGACAAGAAUGGGGAUGGUAGGCUAUCAGAAGAAGAGGUUAAGGAGGUUAUAGUGUUGAGUGCCUCGGCAAACAAGCUAGGAAAUCUCAAACUACAUGCUGAUGGGUAUGCAGCUUUGAUAAUGGAAGAGCUUGACCCUGAUCAUAAUGGAUAUAUAGAGAUGUGGCAGCUAGAAACUCUGCUGAAGGAAAUGGUUAGUUCUGAAGAUGGACCCAAAAAAAUUAAUAAUACUAGAGCCAUGACUUUGAGUAGAGCUAUGAUACCGAGCAAGUAUAGAACCCCCAUGAGCAAAUACAUGUCUAGAAUCACAGAAUUUGCCGUAGAUAAAUGGAAAAAAAUCUGGGUUAUCGCAGUAUGGUUGGUCAUAAACUUGGUGCUUUAUAUUUGGAAGUUCAAGCAAUAUAGGGACAAGGGUGCCUUUAGAGUCAUGGGUUAUUGUGUCUGCUUUGCAAAGGGUGCUGCUGAGACUCUCAAGUUCAACAUGGCUCUUAUUGUCCUAACCAUGUGCAGAAGAACACUUACAAGGCUAAGAGAAUCGUUUCUAAGUCAAAUCAUCCCUUUUGAUGACAAUAUAAAAUUUCACAAGAUGAUAGCAGUAGCUGUGGUUAUAGGGACUUUAAUUCAUGUAAUGGUGCAUAUCACGUGUGAUUUUCCAAGAUUGAUAUCGUGCCCAAAACUUAAGUUCAUGGCAAUACUUGGGGAUGGUUUUAACUAUGAGCAACCUGAUUACAUGACCCUUGUUAAAAGUACUCCUGGUGUAACUGGAAUUAUAAUGGUCUUGAUCAUGGCUUUUACCUUCACUCUAGCCACACAUUAUUUCAGAAAAAAUGUUGUCAAAUUACCUUUGCCUUUGAAUCGAUUGGCUGGUUUCAAUUCUUUUUGGUAUGCACAUCAUUUGCUGAUUGUGGUUUACAUACUCCUGAUCAUACAUGGCUACUAUCUAUUUCUCACCAAGGAAUGGCAAAAGAAGACGACUUGGAUGUACCUUGUAAUUCCACUAUCACUCUAUGCCUCUGAGAGAAUUCACCCAUUUUUUAAGGGUAAAGAUCACCGAGUAAAUGUCAUCAAGGCAAUAAUAUACACAGGAAACGUCCUAGCACUAUACAUGACCAAACCCCCUGCAUUCAAGUAUAAAAGUGGAAUGUAUGUGUUUAUCAAAUGUCCAGAUAUAUCUAGUUUUGAAUGGCAUCCUUUCUCCAUCACUUCUGCACCAGGAGAUGACUACUUGAGUGUCCAUGUACGAACCCUGGGAGAUUGGACAACAGAGCUUAAGAAUACAUUUACACAGGCUUGUGAGCCUCACAGUGCACAAACAAGAAGGGGAAGCCUAAUGAGGCUGGAAACUAAAGCAGCAUCUUCAAACUAUGGUCAUUCUACAAAAUCAGGAUAUCCAAAGAUCCUCAUCAAAGGACCCUACGGAGCCCCAGCACAAAAUUAUAAAAACUAUGAUGUCCUCUUGCUUAUAGGUCUCGGAAUUGGUGCCACACCAAUGAUCAGUAUUUUAAAAGAUAUUUUGAACCACAUGAAGUCAGGAAGCCCAGACGUAAGUGACAAGAACUCAGUUCAGGGUAAUCAUGCAGAUGAAGUUAAGAAAGGUCCUGAAAGAGCAUACUUUUAUUGGGUAACAAGAGAGCAGGCAUCAUUUGAAUGGUUUAAAGGUGUCAUGGAUGAUAUAGCAGAUUAUGACCACGAUGGUAUUAUAGAAAUGCACAAUUAUUUGACUAGUGUCUAUGAGGAAGGUGAUGCAAGGUCUGCGCUCAUUGCCAUGAUUCAGAAGCUGCAACAUGCAAAGAAUGGAGUUGAUGUAGUUUCAGAAAGCCGGAUAAGAACACAUUUUGCAAGACCAAACUGGAAAAAAGUCUUCUCAGAAUUAGCAAACACGCAUCAAAGUUCUCGGAUAGGUGUAUUCUACUGUGGAAGUCCAUCUCUUACGAAGGUACUGAAGGAGCUAUGUCAAGAUUUCAGCCUAAACUCAUCUACCCGCUUUCAGUUUCACAAGGAGAACUUCUGA